CGCUGGGAUUGAGUCACGGCCCUGCUGCAGUUCAGUGUGUGGCCCACCGGAGGCGCAAGGACCGGCGUUCACUGCACAGCUCAGCUGAGCUCGAGACUGAAGCGCGUUCAUCAUCAUCAUCAUCAUCAUCAUGUCCACGGCGGAUCACACAGUCAUGCGCGGCAUCUGGGGCAGGAACGCGCCCGCGGGGAACGCGAUGGAGAAGCCGAAGAACAAGGGCUUCAGUCUGAUCAAGAUGAUGUCUCUGAAUUACAGAAAGGAGAAGAAUCCACAACAGCAGCAGCAUCACAACAACAUGCCCUUCAUGAUCCACAGCCACAUCGGCAAAGAGAUCAAACACAUAUGCAGCAACUGCAGCCGCGUCAGCCACGCGCAGGACGCAGAGGAGGUGGAGAGGCUGGCCUCCGUGGUGUCCGGAUCACACUGCAGGAGCAGGUUCGGCUCUCUGGGACGCCUCUUCAAACCCUGGAAGUGGAACAAGAAGAAGAGCCAGGACUUCACACAGAUGUCGACCGCUCUGGAGAGGAAGAUGUCGGUGCGUCAGAGCCGAGAGGAGCUGAUCAAACGAGGAGUGCUGAAGGAGAUCUUUGACAAAGACUCCAGGAGCACAGCUGUGACGCCGGCCGACCAGAUGAAGAACACACUGCCCUCAGACUGUGAGAGGACGGCCGAGGACCGACAGAGGACCGGUCAGUACACCGCUGACUUCCGUGUGUCUCUGGACGGAGGACUCUGUGCUCAGGACAACACACUCAAGUCGCUCACACUUCCUCCCAAGAAAACCGUCACCUUCCCCAGUGACCUUCAGGAGCCACCGGCCAAACCUCAGCUCAUCCACAAACAGCCUCCCGCCCUGCCGCCCAAACCCUUCUCCAGACGGACCAAUCACAGCACAGACCCGUGUUUGCAGUGGAAGCCGUGUCCUCAGAAGCUGGUGCUGUACUCGUCUUCGUGGGGUCAGUGCUGUGGCCCCCUGCAGCUGCAGUACAGCGCCGCUCACCCGUCCAGCCGGAUCAUCCUGGAGCUGCAGAAGACGCUGGCGCUCACCUUACACAGGCUCGACAGCUCUGCGGUUCACACCGGUCAGUACAGCGCUCCUCUCCGGACCGUGGCCAUCGACUGUGACGCUGAUAAAGAGAACAUCCCCAACGAGUCUGACUACCAGGACCUGCCCUGCGUGUAUAAAGAUGAAGAGCAGGAGGAGGACGAGGAUGAAGAAGAUGAUUCGCUCUUUACAAACGCUCUGGUGCUGAGGAUCUUGAGGAAGGACUCUCUGGCGGUGAAGCUGAGUAACCGGCCGUCUCCGAGAGAACUACAGGAGAAGAACAUCUUACCUGUUCAGACGGACGAGGAGCGACUGCAGUCCAGACAGCUGAUCGGCAAAAAACUCACAGGGAGACUGAGUCAGAGACCCACGGCUGAAGAGCUGGAGCAGAGGAACAUCCUCAAACCUCAUAAUGAGGAGGAGCAGAUGGAGGAGAAGAGAGAGAUCAGACGCCGGCUCUCACACAAGCUCAGUCAGAGGCCCACGGUGGAGGAUCUGCGUCGAGCUCGGAUCCUGACCCGCUUCUGUGAUUACGUGGAGGUGUCGGACGCUCAGGACUACGACAGACGAGCAGACAAACCCUGGACGAGACUCACAGCGGCCGACAAGGCUGCCAUCAGGAAAGAGCUGAAUGAUUUCAAGAGUCAUGAGAUGGAGGUGCACGAGUCCAGCCGUCAUCUGACCAGGUUCCACCGGCCCUAGAGAACAUCCUCAGAUCAGUGGGUUCUCCAGCUCU